GACCAGAGGAGCCAAACAGCAGCCUCGUGCUCUGAUAGCACCGAUGUUCAGAGAAGAAGAGAUGGACUCAAACGUCAUCACUGUCUGCACUGUGACAAAUCCUUCGCAACAUCUGGAUAUUUGAAGAUUCAUCAAAGAGUUCACACUGGAGAGAAACCGUACAGCUGUGACCUGUGCGGGGAAGCUUUCACUACAUCAGGUGCCCUAAAAAACCACAGACGUGUUCACACUGGAGAGAAACCUCACUGGUGUGAACAGUGUGGGAAAACUUUCACUCGAGCAGGUCACCUAAAAAUCCACCAACGUGUUCACACUGGAGAGAAACCUCACUCGUGUGAACAGUGUGGAAAAACUUUCACCACAUCAAGUCACCUAAAAAACCACUUACGUGUUCACACUGGACAGAAACCGUACUGGUGUGAACAGUGUGGAAAAACUUUCGCUCUGUCAGGUGACUUAAAAACCCACCAACGUGUUCACACUGGAGAGAGACCGCACUGGUGUGAUCAGUGUGGAAAAACUUUCACUACAUCAAGUAACCUACAAAACCACCAACGUGUUCACACUGGACAGAAACCGUACUGGUGUGAACAGUGUGGAAAAACCUUCGCUCUAUCAGGUCACCUAAGAAAGCACCAACUUGUUCACACUGGAGAGAAACCUCACAGGUGUGAACAGUGUAUAAAAACUUUCACUCGAUCAUGUCACCUAAAAACUCACCAACGUGUUCACACUGGAGAGAAACCGUACUGGUGUGAACAGUGUGGAAAAGAUUUCACUCGAUCAGGUGACCUAAAAAUCCACCAACGUGUUCACACUGGAGAGAAACCGUACUGGUGUGAACAGUGUGGAAAAACUUUCACUCAAUCAGGUAACCUAAAAAUCCACCAACGUGUUCACACUGGUGAGAAACCUUACUGGUGUGAACAGUGUGGCAAAUCUUAUACAAACAGGAGAACUCUUAGAAGACACAAAUGCAUACACAAAGCAUUUAAAGUAAGCACAGUGAGCAUUGUACAAUCCUGAGUCAAAUUCCUCAUGUGUACACACAUCUGGCAAAGAAAGCUGAUUCUGAUCAUUUUGACAUUUGUCACAGAGCCGAGCUAGCAAUUAAAUUGCAGUAGCCAGAUUUUAACCAGUAGAGGGCAGUCACUGUAUUUUUAUAGCACUAUAUGUAAUUCAAAUCGUUUACUUACUGAUAGCUGGGUUGUGGCCGUAACGUUAACACACACUCAGCGCUACUGGCAAAUGUAAAUGCCAAUUACUAUCUGUGACACGUCCCUUUCUAGCUUUACAGAAACACAAACAUAUACCAUAGACUGUAUCUAAAAAAACAUAUAUGGAGACAAAUAGCAUUGCAUUUUCUGUUUCAUGGAAACUUAAAGUAAUCCCUAUUCCCUGACUUUUCUAAAUGUACCUGUAAUCUGACUGUCUUUUUUUCUUGUACUGUAACUAAAUACAGUUACGUUUUUUGUAUCCUCAUUACCUAAUCCGUUACUCCCCCACCCUGAGGGAAAAUCCGGGAGGUCACUAAUGGAAAAGUUGGAUGACAGUUUCUUGGUAUACAACGGACCUGCAAGAACUCCCAGAGCAUAAACGACGAUGGGUGAGAGCUAACUCUGACAACCUAAGCCAGUUUAGUGAAUCACAACCUGACUGUGGCUAGGAGAACCUGAUACCACUGUCUUUUAAGGAACAUCUCAUGAACUCUGGUUUCCAUCAAGUGGAACUCAGGACUUGAAAGACGAAGGACAGAGAGACUGACUAUGCUAUGCUGAAUUUAAACGUAUAUUAAUUGAUAAAUUAUGUGUCCAUAACCACAUAUUAAAUAACGUGAGGUUUUAAGUUAACAUGCUGAACUGGCUGCAGGACUGUGGAAUAAAUAUUGCCCCAAAUGUA